AUGGGCAACAGGAGCACUGGGCUGGACAGGGAAAGACAAGCGUCUGACAAUGGAGCAGAACCUCUACCCAGCGGAGAUCUGGUGUUCACUCCUCUGACAGGCUUUCAGAAGUUUGUGACAUCCACAAAACUGGCACGCGCCCUCCCUUGGAGGAGAUUCAAGAAAGGGUCAGUUCUGGUCAUUGAGCUCGGGGGCGGGAUCACAGAGAAGAGGCAGGGGCGAUUUGCGGGCGCAAACUCAAUGCCGCAGAUCACAGGGGCACUGAAGAAAGCGGCGUAUGACCCCCGUGUGAGCGGGGUUCUCUUUAAGAUCUCCCCACUGUCCGCUGGAUGGGCAAAGCUGCAGGAGAUCAGGCAAUACAUUGACUUCUUCCGGCAGAGCGGCAAGUACAGCAUAGCAUACAUGGCGGCUGGUGGAGAGAAGGAGUUCUAUGUGGCCAGCGCAUGCCAGGAGGUGUAUGUGCCACCUUCAGGCUCCCUCAGCCUUCGCGGCCUGGCUGUCUCAGGCACUUUCCUGAGGACUGCCCUAGAGAAGGUUGGUGUGGACCCCAACAUCAUCCGGAUUGGGAAGUACAAGAGCGCAGGCGACCAGCUGCUGAGGAAGGACAUGUCAGAGGCGCAGCGUGAGCAGCUGACUGCCAUUCUGGAAGAUAUCUACGAGGGCUUCACUCAGGGCAUCGCCCAAAGCCGCGGCAAAACCACACAAGAGGCAGAGGAGAUGCUGGAUGAGGGCAUCUUUAAGAUGGAGCGCUACGUGGAGUCUGGCUGGCUCACAGGAUUGAAGUACGAGGACGAAAUCCUUGCAGACCUUGAGAAGCGCACAGAGAGCAAACCCAACAAGCUCAAAGCAGUGGGCUUGAAGAAAUAUUCGUCAGUCUCUCCCACGGCGUUUGGAAUGGUAGGCCGCAAGCGCAUUGCUGUCAUCAGAGCGGCCGGCGCCAUUGUUGGCGGCAGCGGCGGCCGGACGAGUGGCAACAUCACAUCCGAAGACUUGAUAGCACAGAUUCGCCUGGUAGCGGAAAAUAAGGCCUUUGUUGGGCUUGUCCUCAGAGUUGACUCUCCAGGCGGUGAUGCGCUGGCAUCGGACCUGAUCUGGCGUGAGCUGAGGGUUCUAGCAGAGAAGAAGCCAGUCAUAGCUUCCAUGGGGGACGUGGCAGCUUCAGGCGGCUACUACCUCUCAAUGGCGGCGAGAAAAGUGGUUGCCGAGCAGCUGACCAUCACAGGGUCAAUUGGGGUCAUCACUGGCAAGUUCAGCCUGGAGGGACUGUACAACAAGGUCGGCUAUGCCAAGGAGGUCAUUUCCAAGGGCAGGUAUGCAGAGCUACUGGCUGACAACCGGGGCUUCUCGGAGGAGGAGGACAAGUACUUUGCAGAGCAGGCGCAGUAUGCGUACGAGAGCUUCAGGAACAAGGCAGCGCUCAGCCGUGGCCUGCCCAUAGAGACGAUGCAGGAGGUUGCGCAGGGACGGGUGUGGAGCGGCAAGCGCGCAUUGGAGGUGGGUCUGGUGGACGCGUUGGGAGGCCUAUCUCGAGCGGUAGCCAUUGCAAAGCGCGAGUUGGCCAUCCCGGACGGCGAGGCCGUUGCUCUGGUGGAGCUGUCACGCGAGCAGCCCUCCCCGCUUUCGCUACUCUCCGGCGGCGGCGCCUCGGCAGCCGGCCUCCUACAGGUAUGA